AUGAAGCCCUGGCUUCUCCUGCUCAUCAUGCUCAUCUACGAGGUUGUGAUGCUGCCUGUGUUGGGAGGCUUCAGGUUCAAACCUUUCCCUGAACUAAGAGAUGUUGAGCAGUGCUGGGUGCAGCCUCCAUCAUUAAAGUAUUGUGUAAAAAGGUGCACUUUCUCGCAGACAUGUUCCUUCCCAAAUCACACGUGCUGCUGGACCUUCUGUGGAAACAUCUGCUUGGACAAUGAGUGA